UUUCACCGUGUUGACACUGCAGGGGGACUGGGCUGUUCCCUGAUCUGUCUUCGCAAUCCUUUGAAGAACCCUGACCUGUUUUGUAGUUAGCUUCAUAUUUUAAGACUUGCCGUUUUGCGCCAGCAAGAAAAUAAAACGGGAAGAAGCCUAGAAAAUGGAAGAGACGAUACCCAUCAACAUGGACAUUCCUACUGACGAAGACAGCAUAGCACCUGUGGUAGUGUCGCAGGAAUCCUCUCCCAUGAUGAGAAUCUACUUCAUAUUCCUCCUCAGCGUUGCACUCGCGGCCACUUAUUUCCUUUGGAGAAAAAUGUCGUCAGUAGAUAAAGAGCGAGAACUGAGUCUCAGAGGCGAACUUCUACUUAACAUCUUCAUCUUCCUGGAUGUUUACUGCUUUUCAUGGAUCCCGAUUCUGCUGAUCGGGGCCAUUGAUGGGCAGUUGGAAACCGCAUCUGUUUCUACGUCAUUCAAAGGUCACAUAGCGAAUUUGCACUGUAGUCUUCAAGAUCUCUUGGUCAGAACAUUCUGUAUGUCUGUUGUACUGUCUUCGGCCGUUUAUAUUCGCUAUGCUAGAGUGAAGACCUCCCAAAAUUGCUGUUGUGGCCGUCCCAGCAUCUUCGUAUGGGGUACGUUUAUCCCAGCGGUGGUCAUCGAAAUCUCGAGGAAGAUCCUUGAACAAGAGGAGUGGCUUAUGCCCACCAAAUCUAUCACCAGAUACUUGAGUUCUGUCAAGUUCUCCGUCGAAACAACAGCCCCGGCAUUUUGCGUCCAGAUGAUGGAUGCCUCCUGGCUCAGGCAGGUGAUGGCCGAAUGGUUCCUAACUACGGUGUUGGUCGUGACGGCCGUGUACUGCCUGUCCUCCUGCUUCUCGCGUGAGGAGGACUCAAAAGACAGCAAUGCCUCUGCGAAGUCGAAGUCAGGGCAAUCGAGUGACUCCGAAGCGGAGGAUUAUACCGAACUCCAGAUGGAGAGCUUGCUGGAGACUGGCGCGGUCUCCUCCGAAAGGUUGGACGGUUCGCCCUCUGACCAAAGCAAAGCUAAAUCGUUGAAGCCUAACGUCGAACAACCAGAGGAAGGUUUAUACGUCAGAGGCUCCGGUUUCCUGGAGGCUAUCAUCUGCAUCGGCGUUUUGUGGGCUGUGCUUAUUCGUCCGUUCAUGGCAAUAACUAUGUAUAUUCGGCAUACUGAGACUUACUCCAACCACCUCGACAUGCCUACUCACGUCCUACUGGUCAUCGCUAUCGCCGUCUUGCCCGCUGAACUGAUGUCGAAACGUUUUAAAGAAAAGACAGAAGACAAAAAGAGCGAGAAGUUGACAAAACAAGACGAGGCAACAUCAGUCGAGGAAAAAGAUGAAGACAUCAUUUGGAUAGUCGACGAGGACAAAGGAACAGCGUACGCUUUGAGGAAAGACGAUGACGGGGACGUUGAUCCGAUCUGGGUCCAUAGUGAAAAGGACAAACGAAUUGAUAACAAGUUAACGAACUCGUCCUCUGUACACGACGUUUCUACCGCAAAGGAAACUCAAGCAAGUCCCAAAUGACUCUCUCUCGCAAUCCUGGGGCGGCUAGAUACUUAUAUUGAUGAUAUAUUAUUACAUAUAAUAAUUUAAGAAACUUAUAUUCCCCUGGAUUUAAAGCUCAUGCGUGAAAUCCGUUUCUAUAAAUAACAAAACCACAGUAAUUCCAACAUUCUGUUGACAGUAUCCUCAUACUUAUGAUAUUGGUCUUUGGUUUGUCAGCUCGAGUUAUCAUUGUGUUUAAAAAAAAUGUUUGUUUAUAGUUGCACAGUUGUCUGUUUACAAGUUCAGUUUCAGCUGUUUACAUCACAGGCUAUCUGGGAUUCUUAGGUUGCUUAAAAUGGCUUGUUUAUAACAGGAACUGAACAAUCAGCUUCAUUCUUUUUAAGAAAAUAUCUUGUGAAUUUUCAUUCCACGAGUCUUAAAAAUUUAAUCGAGCCAGUUUGUGAUAUUCUGUGAAACCCAUUUUAUUCCGUGAGGAAGUAUAUACGUAGCUACACCGCUUAUCUGUCCACCGGGUAAUUCUACAGACGUGCCUCCUCUCAUUUUACCAGCCCCUUGUGCUGCCCAAAGUGUACUUUUGCAAGACCUAUUAAUCAUCAAUGAAAGACUAGACAUAUAAUGCGAGUAAAUACUAGGAGACUAGACGGAAAACACCAUAGAAAAGCGCAAUAUUUUACUUGAUAAGUAAAAUAGUUAUACUUAUUUUAUUUUGCUACAAAAAAUUUUUUUCAUGUAUGCAAGAGAUUAAUAUAUUUAUCGAAAACU